AUGGCAGCAAUGGAUACUGCCACCAGUACGGGAUCCCAUUAUGAUGCCGACCUGCGUCGCAGGAAUGUCGCAGAUACCGGAAGAUCCCAGACGUCCGCGCCCGUUCCUGACGUGGAUAUGAAGAAGAGCAAGCCCAGCCAGGUAAGGUCUUCAACUGUUGAGCUCGACCACCUGCUAACAAAGUUUCUCAAGUCGCCUUCCUUCUUACAUGUCCUGAACCACUGGGAACCUAUAAUUGCUCCUCUUGUUCUAACAGCACUCGCCCUCUUCACUCGGUUGUAUCGCAUCGGUCGUUCCAACAUUGUUACCUGGGAUGAAGCCCACUUCGGAAAAUUCGGGUCCCACUAUUUGAAACGCGAGUUUUAUUUCGAUGUACACCCUCCCCUUGGAAAGAUGCUUGUGGGUCUCUCAGGCUACCUGGCUGGUUACAAUGGAUCAUUUGAAUUCAAAUCCGGCGAGAAAUACCCCGAGGAUGUUAAUUUCACCUUUAUGCGGGCCUUCAAUGCUGCAUUUGGAAUUGUGUGUGUUCCUCUGGCAUACUAUACGGCUCGCGAGUUGAACUUUCGCCGGGCCACGGUGUGGCUGGUUGCUCUGAUGGUUCUGUUCGAGAACUCCUAUGCAACCAUCUCCCGCUUUAUCCUCCUGGACUCAAUGCUCCUUUGCUUUACCUUCACUACAACAAUGUGUUGGGCAAAAUUCCAUCGUUUGCAACACUCUAGUUUUUCUCUGGAGUGGUAUGCCUGGCUGUGCUUGACCGGACUUAGUAUCGGCUGUGUUUGCAGCGUCAAAUGGGUUGGCUUUUUCUGCACCGCAAUUGUUGGCCUGUACACAAUUGAAGAUUUAUGGAAUAAGUUUGGUGAUCUGAAGAUGCCUCGAACCGUGCUUGCAAAACAUCUUGUUGCCCGGGUGGGAGGACUCAUUGUCAUCCCGAUCUUGGUGUACAUGUUUUCCUUCUAUCUGCACUUCCUUGUUUUAUCCAACAGUGGCCCGGGCGAUGCUCAGAUGAGCUCCCUGUUUCAGGCGAAUCUACGUGGCACUGAGGUUGGCAAAGACAGUCCUCUUGAAAUCGCAUUGGGGUCACGAGUCACAUUAAAGAAUAUGGGCUAUGGCGGCGGUCUCCUGCAUUCGCACGUCCAGACCUACCCAGAAGGAUCGAACCAACAACAGGUUACCUGCUACCACCAUAAAGACGCUAAUAAUGAUUGGUUUAUGUACCCAAACCGACAUGAGCCGGAGUUUGACCCCAAUGGCGAUUUGAAAUUCAUUGGCGAUGGUGAUACUAUUCGUCUCAUUCAUGGACAGACAGGCCGGAACCUGCAUUCUCAUUCCAUUCCGGCGCCGGUCUCCAAGUCCCAUUACGAGGUAUCCUGCUACGGAAACACAACUAUCGGGGACGACAAGGAUCACUGGCAGGUGGAAGUGGUAAACGACGUUGCGUCUAGAGACCGGUCUAAGAUUCGGACACUCACCACAGCCUUCCGGCUUCGCCACCCUGUGCUAGGCUGCUACCUACGAGCUGGCAAUGUCAAUCUUCCACAGUGGGGAUUCAAGCAGAUUGAAACAACAUGUGUCAAGGAAAACAAGCCCGGAGAUGUCUAUACCCACUGGAAUGUGGAGUCCCACACGAACGAUCGGUUGCCUCCGGGUGACCCUGGCUCGUAUAGGUCGCCUUUCCUCAAGGACUUCAUUCAUUUGAAUGUUGCGAUGAUGACGUCAAACAAUGCUCUGGUUCCCGACCCAGACAAACAGGAUGACCUGGCUUCGAAGUUCUGGCAAUGGCCAAUUCUCAAUGUUGGCCUGCGGAUGUGCUCCUGGGACGACAAUGUUGUGAAAUAUUAUCUCCUUGGCAAUCCUCUUGUCUAUUGGGGAAGUUCUGCUGGCCUUUUGGGAUUUGGCUUACUAUUUCUUUGGUACCUUCUGCGGUGGCAGAGAGGCUACCAGGAUCUUAGCAAGGCCGAUAUCGACCAUAUCCACUACUCUGGCCUGUAUCCUGCGAUCGGCUGGGUUCUGCACUACCUUCCAUUCAUCAUUAUGGCCCGAGUGACCUACGUUCAUCAUUAUUACCCAGCGCUUUACUAUGCCAUCCUCACCUUCGCAUUUUGCGUUGAUUGGGUCACUCGCAGGAUGGGUGUCAAAUCCUCCAUCGUUGUCUACACCAUCCUCUAUUCAAUCACCAUCGGCCUUUUUGUCCACUUCCGGGCCAUAGUCUUUGGCAUGGAAGGUUCCAAUCAGCAGUGGACUCACCUGCGUUGGCUCCCUGGCUGGAAGAUAUCGAACUGA